AUGCGCAUAUCAGCAUUUGCCAUAACGCUCUUGAGCGCGGUCUCUACUCUAUCAGGCCAAGUCCAUGCCAUCGAGUAUCUGUACCGCGGCGAUAGUCGUGGACCCACCGUUCUCAAAGGAGAAAAUCCAGCUGGCUUCAAGGCGUGGGGCUACGACAGACCAGAUGGAACGUUAGAGGGGCAUAUCACCAAGAAGCUUCAAUAUCCACUGCGUGACCCGUUCAUCUCUACCAGUCGCGACCACAAGAUCGCAGUGGAGUUUUCUCAACGGCCACACAAUCCUAAUCCUGUAGGAUGGGUUUAUUACCUUGACCCGAACAAGAUUGAAGAAGAGAAGCACGAUGCGGCUGCUUACUGGACUCAAAAGGGAAAGAAGAACCCAUACCAGAGAGAGCAGGAGAUUGCAAUCCAUCAUUAUAUCCCUUGGUCUGCAGUGGUCAAAGUAGAACGCGUAGAGGACUUCAAAGCGAGGGCGUGGAAAGUCCCAGGGCUUGGAUCAGAGGCUGGUCCAUCAAAAAUAGACACCAAGAAGCCAGACUCUCACGCACCUGAAACUAGGCCCCAGAGCCCAGCUCCUGGAGACAAGCCAGCGUCUGUAAGCGUCAAUCCUGCUCCCGUGACGAACAAUGGGAGCAAGUUGCCUAUCCCGGUGCCCAAGACCGGUGAGACGCCCGAUAAUGAUUCGGUAGUCAAACCUGCUCCGGGAACCAAGCCCGGUCCAGCGACCAACGCAAGUAGCAAGAUUCCUGUACUGGUGCCUAAGCCGGCAAGGAAGCCUGGAAAGAAGGGUGAUAAGCGACACGCUCGCGAUUUCUCGCACGACGAUGAGACCGGAGCCAAUAUCAACGCUGAUGAAGAGAUUCUCUGA